AUGGAUGAAGCACUUCUCCUCCGAAAUUUGCCGGCUCUCAUACUCCAGCUCUAUGAUCUGGCUCCCUCGCAGAUCCCAGAGAGUCCCCAAUUUCGGAUGCUUCAAACGGCCGAGUUGGAUAAGGUCCAACUAUUGACCUCAAUUCCAGCAACCUCAGAGUCUUCAUACCGGCCGUUACACUUACUCUAUGUUCUCUUGACAGAAAUUCCUGGGCCAUGGCCGACGUUUGAUCUCAUCAAGUGUCAUACACGACUUUUCAAAAUCCUCCCCGAGGAAGCCAAGGCACGCCGCAAUGUCGACUGGGGCUGGCUUGUUGAUACCACCGACAAGCUUGUCAAGAAAUCUUGCGCUCCAUUUUCUCAGUUUAUCGGCUGCGAUGAGGGGCCCGCCCUUCGAGCAACAACCAGGGACUACAUUACACAUCGUGGGCUGCAUCGCUUCGUGUCCAACUUUCGGCUACCAGUCAUCCCUGGUCGGAAGAAGCCGGUUGUUGGGAUUGCUCUGCCCAACGGUCCACUAUUAGCAGCAACUUGUAUUGCUGUUACCAGUUACUAUAUCGCAGCACCCAUCAACCAAGCGACAGGUCCAGAGCAAUUUCAAGCAGACAUUCUUCAAGCCGGAGCCGAUUUUAUCCUGACUACGGAUGAUGACUACAAGAAACUUCAGCUAGGCUCUUGGACUACGGAGCGCAAUAUUCAGGUCUUCAUCAUACACUGGACUUCCGGCGACAACAUCAGUAUCCGGACUCUGACGGGAGGGCCUCUUCCAAAUUUUGAUACGACGUCAACGGAACCUAACCAGGGAGACGACAUCGGAAUGAUCCUAUUCACCAGUGGCACAUCGGGCACGAAAAAGGUGGUUACACUGACAACGCACUCAAUCAUCGCGGGUAUUGUUUUCGUCAAGGAGUCUUGGGGUCUGACCUCCAGCGAUAUCUGCCUUAAUAUGAUGCCUCUGUAUCAUGUUGGCGGCCUUGUUAGAAACAUUUUUGCGCCUGUCUUCUCGGGCGGAUCAACGGUAUGCUGUGCGGCCUUUGACCCGAACACUUUUUGGGAUGUUGUUCAGGAUAUUCAACCAACUUGGUACUAUGCCUCGCCGUCGAUGCAUUCCCUGAUCCUUAGUGAGGCAACCGGACGCCCCGAAUCAUUAAACAAGAGCCGUAUUCGACUGGCCUGUAAUGCUGCCGGUGGUCUCCUACCAUCACUAGCUUGUCGUUUACGAGACACAUUCAACUGUGUUGUCCUUCCCAGCUACGGAAUGACAGAAUGCAUGCCAAUCUCUACCCCGCCUUUGAACUAUCAGCUAGAUCGAGAAGGCACGUCUGGCAUCAGCACUGGGCCAGAGCUUGCUAUUCUGGAUGUGUCAGAGGCUGCAACAUCAUCUGGAACAGUCGGACGAAUCUGCGUGCGGGGUGAGCCUGUUUUUCCUGGUUACCUGAAGCCAGACGGUACCUAUGAUAGGUCGCCCUUCAACAAAGACGGGUGGUUCGACACUGGCGACCUUGGAUAUAUGGAUCCUGAUGGGUAUCUCUAUGUCACCGGCCGCAGCAAGGAAGUCAUCAAUCGCGGAGGAGAAUUGAUCUCGCCCUUUGAGGUUGAGAAUGCUAUUAUCUCCGCGUCUCUAUCUGAUUCCCCUAUCAGUGGACGAAUCAGUCAAGCGCUUGUCUUCUCGGUCUGUCACGAUAUCUUACAGGAGGUAGUGGCAGUGGUAUUAGUCUCUGCACCUGACAAGCCACGCGUGGACCUUAAGACCCUGAAUGACGCACUGAGGUCAUCUUUGCAACAGGCGAAAUGGCCUGUUUUGAUUACUUACAUGGAUGACCUUCCGAAGAAAAACAACAAGGUCCUUCGAAUUCGACUUGGUGAAAGACUGGGAAUCCCCGAUAUUACGGACAAAACGCCAUACCUUAGCCGACAUGUGGAAGCGUCAUGUCCACCAUGCGACACGGAUCUUUCUGUCCCUAUCAAGUCCUCCCCUUGCUCAGUCGACUACGAAUACCUGCGGUCCGAAAUCGAGAAGAUAGCCCCCAAUACCGUCCAAGUUUAUUGUCGACGAGAUCCACAAGGCGGCGGUGUUGAAGCCUUCUUGGCCCCAACAAUCAUCUCUGAAAAGCCAGUACAGGCUAGCACGAUCAAAGAUCUUCAGCAGAAGCUGGGGCAGUCAAUUGACAAUUUCAUGGUUCCUAGCCUGGGCCAGAUUCACGCAAUGACCUCCCCAUUUCCACGGGACACAUACGGUAACAUCGAUGAAGAGCGGCUCCAAGAAGAAUUCGACAGGCUUCUCCAAGCGUCAGUGCAACAACUAGGGGUCUCCACCGAGGGAUUAGUGACGAAGGUUUUUGCGGAAAUCCUAUCACGCCCACAUGGAGAUCUCCCCAACGACGUCGACUUCUUUACCCUUGGUGGCGAUUCUCUACGUGCUGGGCGUCUAACGUCGGUUCUGCGUUCGCAAUUCAACGUGAACAUCCCAAUCGGUCUGGUUUUCAACGACGGAACGGUUAAAGCCCUCGCAUCUCACAUUGACAAGAUGACCGGGGCCGGCCCAAUCGACAAAGGUGAUGGCAGAGACAACAUCGUUGGGUGCUCCGAGACAUACAGCUCUACCAACCCAGUUCUUAUGCUAGUGCAGUUGAUCCCACUUGCGUUUAUCUAUCCGCUUCGCCGGGCGCUUCAAUGGACCAUCUUCAUCACGUUACUCGCAUAUAGUGAAUACCUACCCACCAACCACUCGAUCCCAGGCAGGUUACUCAAUCUGAUAGCUUCUAUCACAUUGGCUGGUAUCAUUAUCGAAUUCAUUGCGCCCAUCUUUGGAAUUCUCUGCAAGUGGCUUAUCAUCGGCCGGCACCGUGAGGGCCUCUACCCGAUGUGGGCUUUCUACCAUACCCGAUGGUGGCUAGUGCAGAAAAUUACGAGUAUUUGCGGGCCAGGUGCUUUCGAAAUCACCAAUUCCACUCAUUGUCUCUACUACCGUCUUAUGGGAGCUAAGAUUGGUAAAAAUGUGAGAGUUGGCGGAGCGGCUCUCGGGGAGUGGGAUCUCUUAGAGAUUGGAGAUAACACUGACCUAAGCGAAUGCAUCUGCCGGCCUUUUGCAGUUGAGGGCAAUACUACGAUGUAUUUGGGACGGAUUUCCAUUGGAGACCAUUGUUCAGUUGGCACAGCUUCUAUCAUUGCGCCAGGAACAACGCUACCACCCAAUACCUGCAUUGGUCUCAAUUCAUCCAGCUGGGAGAUGGAAGAUGCGGACGAAGCUUACCGAUCAUCGAGUUAUAUUGCGAAGCCACACUGGCUUCUAGUAUGCUUAUUCACCCUACCUCUGCGAUUUUUUUCUGGGUUCCUGUCACUUGUGCCUUGGAUGUGUGGCCUCCUCGGCAUGGUAAUACAUGGGUCAUCCGCCGGUCGAUCUCCAAUUCUGAAUGUCAUCGACUGGUUCACGCACCCACAGCGAAUAGCAUACCACUAUCUUGCCCUCGUCUUGAAAUGCUUCAUUAGCCCAUUUAUCAUACUCGGCUUUACAAUUCUGAUCAAGGCGACACUGGAUAUUGCAUUCGGAAAGCUUGGGCCUGGCUCAGCUGGGCAAAGCACUGUUGCCACCUGGAGGGCGCAUCUUAUUAAAAGCCUCUGUCCCGUCGAUCGGCUUCAUGAAGUCACUGGUAUGUUUGGGCAGCAUUACGAGGCCACUUCAACCGCCCUUCGAAUGCUAGGUGCCAAAAUUGGACAACGUGUGUAUUGGCCUGGGACUGGACCUGUCAUCGGUGACUACCACUUGCUAAACAUCGGAGAUGAUGUUGUUUUCGGCUCUCGCACUCAUCUUGUUACCUCAGAUAUCAUCGGCUCCGAUACGAUCACGAUUGGGGACCGGGCUAUGAUUGCUGAUCGUGUUUGCCUUCUGCCUGGCGUCAAGAUCGGAGACCGCGUUACUAUGGGAUCUGGUGCUUUAACAAAGAGAGGCAAGCAGUAUCCAGCGAAUGGGACCUAUGUUGGCUCAAAGGGCGGCGAUUCCGUGUGCCUAUCCACUGGACGCCAAUUGCAGCAGCAGAAAGUCUCCUCAAGGCCGAUAAGCAUGAAGCACAUGAGCAGUUGCGACACCCUGACGGGAAAGAGUAGGGAACCUGCCAUGCCUACGCGUCUCCCCCACAUCGACAGUCAAGCUACUCUCACUGGCGGAAGCGCCAUUCCCGCGAAACACCGUCGUGCCACGACUAAUACCAGUGACCACGACAUGACAGAGGAGAGCUCUCAUGCCGAUGCCGAUGCCUCUACUGAGAACUCUUCACCAUUUGGACGAGCUUUCUACUUGAAGCAAGCUCCCUAUUGGGUCUUAGGCCCGUUUACCAUCUUUUGUUACUCAUCUUUCCUUACUCUUUUUACCUCCUUUUACUGGAAUAUCGCAAGUAUCUCGUCGAUUCAAUUCAUUAACGUGGUCAUCAAAUUCCUCCCUUCCGGAACUGGCUUUGGGCAUGAUGUCUGGAGGCUCUUUGUACUUUCCUUUGCCGCCAUUGCCGUCAUCACUACUGCCCAAGCAAUACUCGCACUCGCCAUUGUGCUUGGUGCCAAGUGGGCUCUACUAGGCCGCCGGAAGCCCGGGAAUUACGAUUGGGACAAGUCGUCGUAUUGCCAGCGUUGGCAAGUCUUUCUUACCAUCGAGAAAAUUCGCCGCAGGUGCUAUCAGGGCAACGGUAUUCUUGGCCUACUCACGGGAACAAAUUGGAUUGUGUUGUAUUUCCGGGCAAUGGGUAGUACUAUUGGCAAAGAUUGCGCUUUAUUCGCAAAUGGGACGCCGAGCUUGAUGUUUACUGAGCCUGAUCUGAUAACCCUCGGAGAUCGAGUUUCGAUUGAUGAUGCGAGCGUCGUUGCGCACAUCAACACCAGAGGGAAAUUCGACUUGAAUAGGCUAGAAAUUGGCGAUAGGUGUGUUCUCAGAACGGGAAGCAGGCUUCUAAGUGGCGCAACCAUGCAGAAGGAUAGCUGCUUGCUUGAGCACACUCUUAUCAUGGGGGGCGACGUGGUGGAAGAGAACUCAACUAUGCAGGGCUGGCCGGCAGAACCAUUCUCAAGAAAGACGGUGAAUCUGUAA